GUGGAAGAAGGCAUUCUUGUGUUGCUUGCAAGCAAGCAGAAGGGGAACAACAAACAACCAACCAGCCAGCCUCCCAAUACAAGCAACAAGCAAAACCAUGUCUGCUUCUGCUGCGUGGCUCCAUGGGCCCAUCUCCAAGGAGCAAGCCGAAGAGCUCCUGAAGGGCCGCCCUGAUGGCACGUUCUUGGUCCGCGCACGCGCCGGUGCUGCCGACCACAUCCUUUCCGUCAACUACAUGGGCACACCAACGCACCAUCUCAUGAGCACAAACGACAGCGGAAACGUCAUCGUCAACCAAAAGGACUAUGGAACAGGCGCCAAGUCUCUUGAAGAGUUUGUGAGCCACUUUCGUGGAAAGGUAAAGGGAUGGCCUGUGCCUCUGCAAGAGGGCGUUGCUGCUCAUGAGACAAACGUCGACCCCAUCGAGGACUUUCCAUUUUACCACGGUCUCAUCAAGAAGGAUGCCGCCGACGCCCUGCUGAGUCAGGAUCCACAGGACGGCGUGUACUUGUUCAGGCAGUUUAAGCGAAACAACACGCAUGAGUUUGUGCUCAGCGUUGUGUACCAAGGGCAGCCCACGCACCACCACGUCAAGCUGCAAGCUGGCAGCUUCUUUGUCAACGGCAAACCGCUCGAAAACUGCACCACGCUAAAGCAGGUUGUGCAGGCCCUGUCGACAGUGCGGUCGUUCUGGCCCGUUCCUCUCAUUCGCGGCAUCUCUUCUCAGCAGCAGCAGCCGCAACAACAACAACAACAACAACAACCGCAGCAAGAGGCCCAAGCUGCGCCCGCGGCACCAUCAGCUCAGCAAAGCUGCACCUGGUACCAUGGCUGCAUCAACAAGAACCAAGCCGAAGACCGCUUGCGGGCCAUUGGGCUUGUGGACGGCCACUUCCUGAUCAGAUCCCGCUCCGACUCCCCUGAUAACGACUCGUACAUCAUCAGUGUGGUGUAUCGCAGCACGCCCACGCACCACCUCGUUGAGCAAGCUGGUGAUUUCCUCAAGGUGAACGGCCGUUCAGAGCCCGCCACCAACCUCGUCGAGCUUGUUGAUCUCUUCCGCAAUGCCCAAAAGACCUGGCCCGUCCCCCUCACCAACCACGCUCCAGGCUUGGAGACCCUGCCGGCGGCGGUGACAGCGACACGCGAACCGGCACAGGCACAACAACAAGAGCAGCAGCAGCAGCAGCAGCCCGUUAGCCAGCCACAAGCACACGCACCUGCACCCGCCCAGGCUGCACCUGAACAGACGGAGCAGCAAACUGAGAAACCAGUGCAGAAUGACAUCACGCCCUUGGAGCAGGAAGGAGAGGCACCCGAUGAAGGACUUGUUCGCAAAAUGAUGCAAGGCAUGAUGGCCCCGGAGGAGGUCGAUGCGGAAAUUGAUGCAAUCAAGCCUAUCCUUCCAUACCCAGACUUUGACGAGGACGAGGAGACGGUGGAGCCAUGGUUGACCACAAACUUCCACGGUCCCAUUGGCGCCGAGAAGGCCGAAGAGAUACUGCGCAAGGCCAAGACGGAGGGCAGUUUCCUUCUCCGCGACCUUGAGGAGGCGUCAUCGUCGUCCACGACAGCACCACACUGCACGCUCAUGCUGUCAGUGCUGCAUGGGGACACCGUGCACCACGUCAAACUCACACAGCAAGACAAGGAUGGCGUGUUCUUCUUCGAGGACAAGGCAACCGGCGAGCGCAACUUGCGCGAUGCCAUCACGUACCUCUCUGAGCGCCAGGCCGGCUGGGCCACGCCGCUGGGCGAGGGCGUGCGUGGCAUCAAGGUCAUGUCAUCCAUGGAGAGGCAGGAACGGCGGGAGGCCAAUGCAGCUGCUGUUGCCGACGCCGAGGCCAGAAAGGCGGCGCUGCGCAAGGCCAAACUGCGUGCAGAAGCAGAGGCGCGCGGCGAGGAACGCAAGCGCAGAUCCAAGGAGGAGAUUGCCAAGAUGCACCAGGACGAGCAGCGCUUCAAGCAGGAGCGCGUGGUGAUUCGUCAGGAACAGAUUGAGCGUCGCCGCGAACAGCUCCGCCAGCAGGUCAUUGAGGACCGCAAGCGAAAGGCCAGAGAGGCAAAGAACAGGCGCCGUCUCGAAGCUGCCCGGCGUGGCGAGGCUGAGCCUGUGAUUGAGGUGGCGCUCACAUCCGAUUCAGAGGACUCCGAUGACGACGAGGACAUGGAGGUCAAAGAAUGGCGCCGUCGCGCAUCCGCCCGCCAGUUUGGAUUUGACGCCCCUGCUGCCCCACGGCGCUCGUCUCUGCAGCAGGAUUCCAUCCCAGAGGAGGGGGAGGUGCCGCCGCCGCUGCCAGGUCGCGGCAUCGACAGCACGGACGCACAGGGCUUCCCCGAUGGCAACGACGCUGAUGCGCCGAAGAAGAGGGGCAGUAGCCGUCGCCGUCGGUCUUCGCGCCGGAGCAAAGACGGACAGGACGGGUCUGACCCUGAGAAAUGCCUCAUGAUGUGAAGUGUGGGCAGCGGCACGCUGUGGGGAGUAGACGAAGAGACGAUUGAGGGAAUUUGCCUGGGGAUGGGAGGGGGGCAGCUCAAUGAAGUUUUGUGCGGAUGAACUUGUGCCUGUAUGAAUGUGUGUGUGUGUGUAUGUGUGUGCCAUAUCGAUGUUGGUGCUGCCUGUGUUCUUUUCUUGAGUCACGCUUGCGUACGCCUGUUUGCCCACGCUGUUCUGUUCCUGCAGUUUUUCUGCUGCGCGUUUGGUUGGUUACAUUACAUUACGAUGAUGAAAUUGA